GUUGAUAAAAGUGCUUGAUUCGAUCAUCUUUAAAUCCACAAAUAAAGCAAUAUUAGGGUGAAAUUUCGGAAAAUGUUUCGAAAGUGUUGUGUUUCAGAGUGCAAUAGUUUACGACAGGACGUUCGAUUGCAUCAAUUACCGGCAAAUAAAGACAUUAGAAACAGGUGGUUACAGUGCAUAGGUUAUAGCAACCUCGUUGGCAAAAGUAGUGAAAUCACUAAGAACAUGUAUGUUUGCCAUAAACAUUUUGAGCAAAAGUUUAUUAACCCGAAGACAAAUCGUCUCAAGUGUUUCGCCUAUCCAAGUUUAUUUACUGACUUGGAAAUUUCUUUAGGAAACCCGUCAAUAGAUUUCAAAGAAACAGGUUGGUCUUCAAAACCGGAAUAAAUAUACCUACAGCUAACCAACCUUUUUAAUUGUUUAUUCUCUUUUUUUUUAGAUUCCAAGACGAUGACUAUUGAUCAUAAAUAUGCAAAGAAGCGCCAUAUUGAUCAUUCAUAUUCACAACUUGCAGAAAGCGCAUCUAAUAAACUGCCGCGCCUCACAGUCAGUGUUACUUCUACUCUGACUCCAGUAGAAAACGCUGUCGCAUCUUCCAGCAGUGAAAUCCAAGAUGCACAAGUUACCCUGACCACUAUGGAACAUUCUAUUGCAGCUUUUAGUACUCAUGCUAUUGCCUCUUCUGGCACUACAAGCCAAGAUACACAACAAGCUACUUCGACCACUAUGAAACACACUGUUGCAUCUUCUAGCACUCAUGCGGUUGCAUCUUCCAGCACUGCAAGCCAAGAUACACCACAAGGUUCAUCAUGUAAAACACCAAGAAAGUUGUUGAAACGGAGAUUAUUAAGAAAUUUCAACUCACUAACUCCAAGAUGCCAACUAUUUUAUAAAAAAUAUAAAAAGGCGAAACGUCAAAUUGAUUAUAGAUCUAGAACCAAAAAAGCAUUGGCCUUCAGUAAAGAAAAAUCUUUAGAAGAGCUAACUAAAAACAUGAAUCCCUUGACUAAAAAAGUUUUGUGGAUGCAAGUUAAACUCUGUACAAAAAAUAAAAAGGCCCGCAGAUUUACAAGAGAGGAGAAGCUCAUAGCUCUUUCCAUUUAUAAGCAAGGUCCUAAAUCAUACAAGUUUCUGCAAAAAAUAUUUAUUUUGCCUUCUAAGACUACAUUGAAGAAAAUGAUAAGCCAAUUAAAUAUUGACACUGGAAUAAAUCCAGAAAUUUUUAAACAUAUGAGCAAACAGAUUGCAAAGUGGGAUGACAGAAAAAAAAUAUGUAGUGUCAUAUUUGAUGAGAUGGCCAUUGAAACUGCACUAACUUAUGCUGCUCACAAAGACAACAUUGUAGGUUUUGUCGAUUUAAAUGGUAAAAUCAAUGAAUUUGCAGAUCAUGCCCUCGUAUUCAUGCUACGAGGUGCUGUUUUUAAAUGGCAGCAACCAGUCGCCUUUUACUUUUGUGAAGGUGCAACAUCAAGCCUGCAAUUAAAAAAAAUAAUUAAAAAUAUCAUAUCUGCACUGACAGACAUAGGGCUUAAACCAAUUGCCCUUGUAUCUGAUCAAGGAUCAAGUUUCCAAUCUGCUGUAAACAGUUUAUUAGAUGAUACUAAAAGAGAACAACUUCGUGCUGGAGAGACAGUUGAUGACACCAUUCAUUUAAAUGGAAAUUCAUUAAGUGUGAUUUUCGAUCCACCUCAUUUACUGAAAGGGAUUCGAAACAAUUUACUGACAAAAGAUAUGAUGUUCGAGGGAAAGAGAGUGACAUGGAAUGAUAUUGUAGACGUUUACAAUGCUGAUUGCAAGCACGGAGAAUCAAGAAUAUUACAUAAAUUGACGGAUCAACAUGUAAUUCCAGACAAAAUUAAAAAAAUGAAGGUGAAGAAUUGUGUGCGCGUUUUGAGCAAGUCAGUAUCGGCAGCACUAUCAUAUACUUCUGCUUUUCCUCUAUAUCCAGAUGGAAGUCCUAUAAGUAAAACAUUGAAAAACACAGCAGCAGCGGUAUCGUUUUUUGACGACUUGUUUGAUAGUGUCAAUGGAGCGAGCACAAAUGAGAAAAUGUCGAAAGGAAAAAAUCUGCGCAAGGUAGUAACACUUAAAUCAGCCCAUCACGAGUUUUGGAACAAAGCCAUUAAAAUAUUGCAAGGUAUAAAAUUUAUUUGCAAAGAUGGCACACUAAAAAGUGUACCUUCCUUAAAAAAUUGGAUCAUCACUCUCAAAAGUUUAAAAAGGGUGUGGGAGUUAUUGGCCUCGAAAAACAUUAAAAUUAUGAGACCUAGAUACUUCAAUUCUGACAUAAUAGAGAACUUUUUUGGCCAAGUACGAGCAUACAAUUACCGGAGUAAUGACCCUACUGCUUAUACUUUCAUAAAUACAUUCAAAUCAUUAUUGGUAACAAGAUUUAUAAACUUUCAUUCGGAGAGUUACAAUUGUGAGGAAGAUGUCAGCCAAGGCGUAUUAGAUAUACAGUCCCUUUUUGAGAAUGUAAAUAUUGCACCAUCAUCUGAUUCAAAAUCAGAUGCCACACCUGUGUGUAAAACUGUAGAAUUUGUUGUAGAAAAUUUUGAAGAACAGGCAAGACGAGAAAGGAUUAAUGUACACUCAAGGACAUAUACGGCUGGAUGGGUAACCAGAAAAAUUUUAUGUAAAAUCAAUUGCAAAGAAUGCAAACAUAGUUUACUGUCGGAAGAUAGCAAUAUUCAUGAUUUUAUU